AUGGAUGGGCUGGAGGUUGACGAGCACUGGGAGUACGAGGCGGUCAACCUGUGCCUCCGGAAGGCCGGCCUCGGUAUGAGUAUUAAAGGGGGUUUGGAUUCGCCCGACCAGUACGACGACCCCCACAUAUACGUGUCCAAAGUGUUUACGGACGGUAUGGCCUACGCGGACGGGCGACUACAGUUGGGUGACGUUAUACUCAGCGUAAACGGCUUUCCCCUCAUCGACGUCAUGCACUUCGAGGCCGUGGAUGCCAUCAUAAGCGCCGGUACGGAGAUUACGCUGUAUGUGAAACGCAAACGCUGUACGAUCUAUGAGCGCAUACCUACCCCUCCCGUGCCCGACGACACCUAUGACGAGCCCCGGGAGUACGAGGAGGUGGAGGGCAUUGAGGAUCAAGUGGAUAACGAUCAGAGCCUGGAUGGUGAUGAUAAUGAGGGACACAUCCCGGGGCUGAUCAGUGUUGAGCUCAAUAAGGGUGAUAAGGGGUUCGGGAUCUGCAUUAGCGGUGGUUAUGAUAACCAACACAUUAAGGGAGAGAACGGUAUUUACGUGACUAAAGUGGUGGACAACGGUGUGGCCCACAGGAACGGGAGGAUAGUGGUGGGCGACCAGUUGAUGGCUAUUAAUGACAUCGACUUAGAGAAUGUCAGCUAUGAUGAGGCCGUGGCUGCCAUGAGGUCCAGUCCCAUGGUGUCGGUGCUCAUAGUUCGUAGGAAAUGA